GGCGCGCAAACGCACAUGAACAUGAACAUGAGUGGUCUGCACCUCACCAUCCCUCUCGCCAGCCUCGCCCUGUGUACCUUCCUGUCGGGCGUCCUAGCGGGCCGGCCAUGGCUCGUGGCCUCGCGUGAGCGCACCUUGCGCGUCAUCGUGCCGGCGUGCAUGCUCGCAGCUACGGCCAUUGCGCACGCAAGCGUCGGCGAAGUGUGCUCUGUCGCGACCCACGCGGGCGCGACGGGUGCCGAGCGAGGGUUCGACGGGACGUCGACCCCGGCAGCAAUCUUCGGCGCCCUCUUCAUUCAGGGCGUGGUGCAGGUGUUCACCGCACAGAGCGAGCAGGCGAAGCAGUCGAUGGCGAUGGUCACAGUUUGGCUGGUGACGUGCCUCUUCUACCUGCGGCAGUGGCUCGCGCCGCCGUGCGCGCUGGCGGUGCGCUGGGAGCACGGCGGGGGCCUCGUGCCGACGCAGUACGCCCUGUGGAGUACGUCCAUGAGUGGCCAGGUCGUCACCCUGCACGCGCUCGAGAGGCGCGAGGCAGCAAAGAGGUCGCCGGCCAGCGCCGCUGAGGCCGGCACAUCGCCCGGCGUCGCGGGCGGCGCACAGCGUCAGUGCUGUGCCGCGCUGCUCUGUGUGCAGAGCAUGCUCUGGUGCGGCGCCACGGCGGACGCGCUGCUCUCUGCGCCCCUCGCGCUCACUGCGUCUCUGCUCGCCGCUUCGUUUGCUAGCUUCUACCUGCUGCUGCACUGUGGCAUACGCGCGCCGCUCGCCGCCUGCCGCCGCCACGCCGCCGACACCGCCACGGGGAAGCGGCUGCGGGGCGUGCAGACGUAUCUGCUCACGACAUGGCACGCGUUUCCGCUCGUCUGGCUCCUCGACAACAGCGGCGCCCUCGGCGCCUCGCUCACGCGUGACGCCUACCUCGCCUCGGAUGUGGCUGCGAAGCUGCUGCCAAUCUCUCUCUACCUCGCCGUCGCGAGUCGAUAGAGCGUCCGAGACUUCCGAGAGCCGCGACGCCCCGCCGCGAAGCGCGAUCGUGCGUGCGCUGGCUCCCAGGAGAGAGCAGCGCCGCAGUGCGCCGCAGCACAGCGUCGGAUUAGACUCUCGUACACGAAUGACAACUC